UUUCAGAUCAAACAUAUCUUCCACCACAACGCCGGGAGACGACACCAGGUCCACCGGCGGUUGGACAUAACGGAGGAGUUCAUAGCGCAGCACGCGCUACGUUCCACAGAGGUCGCGGUGAAUCCGUUUGCCGUCGCGCUCCCGCUCGCGGCGAAACCGCAUUCGAUUCGCCGCCUCGCGGAACGCGACCCCGACUUUAUGGAGUCAUACCUUUCAUACGCGCUUAAAGCCGGCAGCGCGGGAGUCAGUGGGAUCCAUCUAGCCUGGAAUGACGAGGAGAUCCUCACGCCGAACGUAAGUGACCGCAACACCGUGCUUAACAUGGCGAUCAUGGCUCUGGACGCGUACUGCGAAGUACCGGAGGACAGCGAUUGGAAGGAUGUCGGAAAACCGUGGAAUUACACUGGGGAUAGCUUUGGCUGGCAGGAUGAUGGUGUGCGGGGGCAUGUGUUUGUGUCAGGGGAUAAUUCAUCAGUGGUGAUUUCGCUUAAAGGGACGAAUGCUGCGCUAUUUGCAUUUGGCGCGCGCGCGCAUGACGAAAGCUUUGCCGUGCGUGAUGGCUCCAGUGAGACCGUCACCAAUGACAAGCUCAACGAUAACCUCCUCUUUUCCUGCUGCUGUGCUCGUGUCAGUUAUCUCUGGACCACUGUCUGCGACUGCUACAAAUCCUCCUACACAUGCGACCAGGAGUGCUUGGAGAAGGAGAUGGUGCGCGAGGACCGCUACUACCGCUCAGUACUUGACAUCUACCGCAACGUCACCAACAUGUACCCGCAUGCGCAAAACAUCUGGGUCACGGGCCAUUCGCUCGGCGGUGCGCUCGCGAGUUUACUCGGACGGACGUACGGCUUGCCUGUUGUCGCAUUCCAGGCGCCUGGCGAGCUCCUCGCAACGCGACGCCUCCACCUUCCGAUGGCCCCUGGCUUGCCCACCUAUAUGGAGCACAUCUGGCACUUUGGCCACACCGCUGAUCCCAUCUAUCUUGGCGUGUGUAACGGCGCGUCGCUGUCGUGCUCGGUGGCAGGCUACGCGAUGGAAACGCAGUGUCACACGGGGCUCCAAUGCGUGUACGACGUGGUGACGGACUUGGGCUGGCACCUCAACGUAAUGAAUCACCGCAUCCACACGGUCAUUGAUGAGGUGAUCAAUGUGUACAACGCAACGCCACAGUGUUUCGUGCCACCGCCGUGCCGUGACUGCUUUAACUGGAAGUUUGUGACCCACACCACACUGGCCAGCACAACCUCCUCUGUGUGCGUACCUAGUGCAACCCUGGAACCGCGCAAGUGCUUGAAGCGCACGUGGUACGGCCUGUGCUACAAGUGGGACGAC